AUGGAGAAGCUCGUUGUUCUCUCAUUGCUGUUAAAUCUUUUCAGUUAUAAACAACAAAAGUGGGUGAAAGUUUUCUGCAAGCCUCUGUCUUUCUGCCCGUGGGUGUGUGUGGUGGUAGCAGAACCACUUCUUUUUACUCUCUUUUUAAACUUGAAUCAAAUAAAAAUCUCUGCCUAUGGCCACCGGGUGUUUGUGUGUUCAUGUUUUUUGUUUUGUUUUGUUUUGUUGUUUGUGUUUUUUUUUUUGUUUCAGGGACUGUUGACAUUCAGAGAUGUGGCUAUAGAGUUCUCUCUGGGGGAAUGGCAAUGCCUGGAUGGUGCUCAGCAGAAUUUGUAUAGAGAUGUGAUGUUAGAGAACUACAAAAACCUGGUCUCCCUGGGUAUUGCUGUCUCUAAGUCAGACUUGAUCACCCAUCUAGAGCAAAAUAAAGAGCCCCGGAAUAUAAAGAAAAAUGAGAUGUUAGCCAAACACCCAGUUAUGUGUUCUCAUUGCACCCAAGACCUUCAGCCACAGCAGGGCAUAAAAGAUUCACUCCAAAAAGUAAUACCAAGAACAUAUGAAAAAUGUGGAAAUGAGAAUUUACAAUUUAAAAAAUGCUGUAAAAGUGUGGGUGAGUGUGAGGUGCACAAAGGAAGUUAUAAUGAUGUUAACCAAUGUUUGUCAACUACCCAAAACAAAAUAUUUCAGACUCAUAAAUAUGUCAAAGUCUUUGGUAAAUUUUCAAAUUCCAGUAAGCAUAAGACAAGACAUACUGGAAAGAAUCAUUUCAAAUGUAAAAAAUGUGGCAAAUCAUUUUGCAUGCUUUCACACCUAAAUCAACAUCAGGUAAUUCAUACUAGGGAGAAGUCUUACAAAUGUGAAGAAUGUGGCAAAUCCUUUAACUGCUCCUCAUACUGUACUAAACAUAAAAGAAUUCAUAUUGGAGAGAAACCCUACAGAUGUGAGGAAUGUGGCAAAGCCUUUCACUGGUCCUCAAGCCUUAGUAGACAUAAGAGAAUUCAUACUGGAGAGAAACCCUUCACAUGUGAAGGAUGUGGCCAAGCCUUUAGCCGGUCCUCAGCCCUUAAGAAACAUACCCAAUUUCAUACUGGAGGGAAACCCUACACAUGUGAAGAAUGUGGCAAAGCCUUUAGGCGCUCCUCAGCACUUACUAACCACAAGAGAAUUCAUACUGGAGAGAGACCCUACAAAUGUGAAGAAUGUGGCAAAGCCUUUACCUUUUCCUCAGCCCUCACUGACCACAAGAGAAUUCAUACUAGAGAGAGACCCUACAUAUGUGAAGAAUGCGGCAAAGCCUUUAACUGCUCUUCCAGCCUCAUGCAACAUAAGAGAAUUCAUACCGGAGAGAAACCCUACACAUGUGAAGAAUGUGGCAAAGCCUUUAGGUGCUCCUCAGCCCUUACUAACCACAAGAGAAUUCAUACUGGAGAGAGACCCUACAAAUGUGAAGAAUGUGGCAAAGCCUUUAGCUUUUCCUCAGCCCUCACUGACCACAAGAGAAUUCAUACUGGAGAGAGACCCUACACAUGUGAAGAAUGUGGCAAAGCCUUUAACUGCGCCUCAUCCCUUAAGAAGCAUAAGAGAAUUCACACUGGAGAGAAACCCUACAAAUGUGAAGAAUGUGGCAGAGCUUUUACAUGGCAUUCAAGUUUUGCUAUACAUAGGAUACGUCACACUGGAGAGAAACCCCACAAAUGUGAAUAAUGUGACAAAGUCCACCCUCAGGCCUUAUAAUACAUAAAAUAAUUUAUACUGAAAAACACUACAAGCGUAGAGAAUGUGGUCAGGCCUUUAACCAGUUCCAAACCUUAAUUGAACAUAUGAGAAUUCAUAUUGGAUGAAAAUCUUAUAAAUGUAAGUAAGAAAGAAACCCUUUGACUAAUGCUUAAACUUAAUAAACCUAAGAGAAUUUAUUGAAAAAAGAAUUUUUUUGAGAUGGAGUCUCACUUUGUCACCCAGGC